AUGGUGUCUGCUGAGCAGGAGAGAGCUGAGGAACAGCAACGAUUGGGCGGCACCCAAGCCGAGAUCCAGGAGAAGAUUCAUGAUCGGCUCAAGCAAAUGGAGGAACUCAAACAGGCCGUGGACUCACUGAAGAACUCAGCCCAGAGAGCACUCCAAGAAUGUGAGAAGAUGUUUAGCGACAUGAUGCGCUCAAUUGAAAGAAUGCAACAGGAAAUGGCCAAGCUGAUUUCAACCAAUAAGAGGGCAGCACUGAAUAAUGCAGAAGGCCACCUGGAGAGAUUAAGCCAUGAGAUUUCAGAUCUGAAGAGGAGGGACAACGAAAUCACCCAGCUUUCCAAAACUGAGGACCACAUCCACUUUAUCCAGUCCUACCACAUGCUGAUUGCACAAACAGAAGCCGAGGAACUGCCUACUGUCAGCGUCAACCCCUAUUUUACCUUUGGCCCAGUUACAAAAGCAGUCUCUGAGAUGAAGCAACACAUGAAUGAAUUUGGAAAUGAUGAACUGGUUAAAGUUGCAAAAACAGUGAAUAAAAUGACCUUCUGUGAACUUGAUGAUGCAAAGAAGAAGAAAUCCCUCAAAGCUGAGGCCGUAAGAGCCGACGAAGCCGCCAUGUACAAGUCUGUGCCAGUUCCAGUUAAAGAACCUCAAUACAGGGAUGACUUCUUGAGAUAUCAUAGAUCGGACAGAAAUAGCCGACCGCGGCGGGUGUCCCAUCAACUGGAACCCCUCGCUGGUGGAGCUUACUACUGGGAGGUGGACUGGAGUGGAGAGGGAGCGGCCAUCGGAAUCACCUACAAAGGCAUCAAGAGAACGGGCUAUGGAGACGGCUGUCGCAUCGGCUACAACCGCAAAUCCUGGAGCGUCUUCUGCUCUGACACCAACUAUGCAGCCCGUCACAACAAAGAUCAGCAGGAGAUCAACGCACCGUACUCAUCCCGUAUCGGUGUGUUCCUCGACCACGUGGGGGGUACUCUGUCCUUCUAUACUGUAGGUGACACCAUGUCUCUUAUCCACCGCUUCAAGGCCGCCUUCAGUGAGCCAGUUUUUUGGAGUGCUUUAGCACAGAUGGCGAACACAAAGGUCCCAGAAGUUCGUGACAUUACAAGAAUUGAAAGAAUUGGUGCACAUUCUCACAUCCGUGGCCUUGGUUUGGAUGAUGCAUUGGAGCCAAGACAGGUGUCUCAGGGGAUGGUGGGUCAGCUUGCCUCUCGUCGCGCAGCAGGUGUCAUACUGGAAAUGAUUAAAGAUGGUCAUAUUGCUGGGAGAGCAGUGCUUAUUGCGGGCCAGCCGGGAACUGGAAAAACUGCAAUUGCAAUGGGUAUUGCCCAGUCUCUUGGUCCUGACACUCCUUUCACAGCACUCGCAGGAAGUGAAAUCUUCUCUCUUGAAAUGAGUAAGACUGAGGCACUUAGCCAAGCUUUCAGAAAAGCCAUCGGUGUCAGAAUCAAGGAGGAGACGGAAAUUAUUGAGGGAGAGGUAGUGGAAAUACAGAUUGAUAGACCUGCAACAGGAACGGGGGCUAAGGUUGGAAAGCUCACUCUCAAGACUACAGAGAUGGAAACAAUAUACGACUUGGGAAAUAAGAUGAUUGAAAGUCUUAGCAAGGAGAAGGUUCAGGCAGGAGAUGUUAUAACUAUUGACAAAGCCACUGGAAAGAUCAGCAAGUUGGGUCGCUCGUUCACUCGAGCCAGAGACUAUGAUGCCAUGGGAGCUCAAACACAGUUUGUGCAGUGUCCAGAGGGAGAGCUUCAGAAAAGGAAAGAGGUGGUCCACACAGUUUCUCUUCAUGAGAUUGACGUCAUCAAUAGCCGUACACAAGGUUUCUUAGCCCUAUUUUCAGGGGACACCGGUGAGAUCAAAUCUGAGGUCCGAGAGCAGAUAAAUGCUAAAGUCUGUGAAUGGAGAGAAGAGGGCAAAGCAGAAAUCAUUCCUGGGGUUUUAUUUAUUGAUGAGGUCCAUAUGUUGGACAUGGAGUGUUUCUCGUUUCUGAAUCGAGCCUUAGAAAGUGACUUGUCCCCAGUUCUUAUUAUGGCCACCAACAGAGGCAUAACUCGCAUCCGUGGCACAAAUUACCAGAGCCCUCAUGGAAUUCCUAUUGACCUUUUGGACCGACUCCUUAUUAUUGCCACUUCCCCAUACAAUGAAAAGGAGACGAGGCAGAUUCUCAAGAUCCGAUGUGAGGAAGAGGAUGUGGAGCUGAGCGAAGAGGCACACACUGUUUUGACCCGCAUUGGCAUGGAGACCUCGCUCCGUUAUGCCAUUCAGCUGAUCAGCACAGCAGGGCUGGUGUGCCGCAAACGCAAGGCCACAGAGGUACAAGUGGAGGACAUCAAACGAGUUUACUCCCUGUUUUUGGACGAAGCGCGGUCUUCUCAGUACAUGAAGGAGUAUCAGGACUCUUUUCUCUUCAAUGAAACACCAUCUGGUGCCAUGGAUACGUCGUAA